AUGUUAUUCGAUACUAUCAGAAGACAUGGGGGUUAUAACCGUCCCAACCUUAAACUGUUUAAAGAAAUUUUCAAAAAAAUCCUUCAGCGCUUGGAAAUUAAGAAAUCGUUUUUAGGAAACUGUGUACCUCUAGAAGAUAUUCCUGUAUUAACGUGUUCAUCUUCAGUGAAAAACAUUAAUUCCACUGUAAGCGGAAGAGUUUUCGAUGAAUGCGACUCACACGAAGGUAGUUUUGAAGUAACGAAUCAAAUAAUUGAAGAAGCUGAUCACAUCGUAGAUGGAAAUGUUAAGGUCCUUUCGAUAAUUCUGAAUCGCGAAAGCAUUAAAAAGACCACCGACCAGAUCAUUGGUUAUAUUGCAGGAUGGGUGAACACUAGCUAAAAUACUUAAAUGUGAGACAUGCAUUGAAUGUCUUUUUUCUAAUAAUAAGUUAUGGUUUCACAAGAUGAUAACUCUCAAUAAUAUGGGAGGACUAUGUUUCUCCAGUGAAGAUGUUUUUCGAAUUUGCUUGAUUUCAGAAACUGUUAUUAUAAAUCAUAUCAAAGAAAAGGGUCACAAAUUACUUCCCAAUC